AUGAGCGACCACCCGACGACACAGACCCGCGCCGACGACCCGGACAACUGCGGCCAGCCGGACCCGCUCACGAUCGAGAAUGACGCAGACGCCGCCGUACCCCACACCCACCCGCAUCCUACGGGCAAGGGCGUGCUCGCUAUCGACAUGGACGACGUUUUGUGCAACACGAACCAGACCAUCGUUGACAUGCACCACGACCUGUUCGACGUCUCGCCCCCGAUCACACUCGAUGAGUUCCACCACUACCUCUACUGGCACAACCGCGGAUGGGGUAACCAGACCCAGACGGUGGAGAUGGUCCUGUACCGGAACGGCCUCAUGGACCGCCCGCGCCUAGUGCCGGGAGCGAAGGAGGGCUUGGAGACGCUGAAGAAGAUGGGCUACACCCUCAUCAUCAUCACGGCGCGAUCCGAGAGUCAGCGUGAGGGCACCGAGGAGUGGCUUGCCCAGAACCUGCCGGACAUCUUCGACGAGAUCCACUUCACGGGCGCGUUCAACCACCUGAUCCCAGCGACGAAGGAGGAGCACGAGGGCCACGCAGCGAAGCGCGCCGUUGUCUCGCACCACAAGCGCACAAAGCACGAGGUCAUGAUGCAGACGAACGCCCUGCUGCUCGUCGACGACAGCGCCGAGAAUGCGCUGACGUGUGCUCGCCUCGAGCCGCACAAGCAGGUCCUCCUCUUUGGCUCGUACCCCUGGAACGCGGAGAUUCGCAACCCCGCCGACCCCGAGAAUCCCGAUGACAAGAAGACAUACGUCGAGCUUGAGAAGGAGGGCAAGCUCGACGAGGCGAGGCAGAGGAGACAGAAACGUAUCGACGAGGCGUGGCUGCCCCAGGGCGUUACGCGGGUGAAGGACUGGCACGAGGUCGUCGACUACGUGAAGGGAUUAGACAAGUAG